AUGGUGCGACCCGCUUUCAUUCUUCUGGGCUACAGGGGCGUGUUGAGCGCUUCCGCGACGGUAAGUCCUGAGCGCAGUGAAUCUGCAGUCCGCUGCGACGCCACCGACCCACGUGAGGCCAAGCUGCAUGAGGCAAUAAACACGGAACCUCCCUUGGGGAACAUCACCUUGAUUCCUUUUCUCGCGGAUGACGCACGUGAUCCUGCCUUGGGGUCUUUGCUGAGGUUCUUUACCGUCGUGAACGAUCCGACGUGGCUCCUUUUGCUUAGUCAAAAAUCACAAGAAAAGGCUGGAAGUGCUUGCGUUUUAUAUGUCAAGCUAUUUCAUAUUCCCGUUGUGGGUGAAUCACUGCGAUUACAUCGGGCGUUGAAUUCUCUGAUUCUUCACCAUUUUGGUGCGCCUGGGGGAACGAGCAUGUGUAAGUUUCUCAUGUCAGUGGAGGAGCUUUUUGCGACCGCGCGCGCGUACGCAGACAGUGUCGCUGAGGCACCUGCAAGGAAUAGUUUGGUUUCUUUGCAUUUGUCGCAGGAGGAGGUUAGUAGUCUUGCGGAAAAAAUGUUAUCGAGUUCUUCGGUGUCGGCUGGGAAAAUUCAGGAAGCGGAGUUGGAGGAGAUUCCGAAUUCGACAGUAAACCUGCAGCGAGAGACGUUGGCGCAUGAGCUGAGGUUGGAGGCGGUGUCGGGAGGGGAUGGCCAUCGUGCGGCAUUGAAGAAGGAGGCAGAGGAGCACCGAAGAGAGGUGCGGCAGGAGUUGGCGUUCGUGCGGGCACGGCGCCAGGCCCUUCUUCGUGAGGGAAGCGAGCUUGUAGUUCGCAUGCGUGAGGAAGAGCGCAGGCGGAAAGGGCAUGCAGUGGGCCGGGCGGAGGGCAGCGUGGGCAGGAGGCGGAACUGGCUGCGCUGCAGAGGGAGUACGACGAGCGUCUCAAGGCGAGCGUAUGCGUGUUGGAGGCACAGCGAGGGGGAAGAUUGGAGGAGUCCGCGCACGCGGCGGCGCGGGCGUUGGCUGUGGCCGCCUUUCAGAUGGAGGAGGAUGUGCUUCAGAAGGAGUUCGAGCAGAGGAACGACGAGUUGGCAAGGAAGACCAACGAGAAAGAGAAAAUAA